UCGGUCCUCGGUAGGUGGGUCUUCGCUGCGGGCAACAGAACCGAGAUCAAUGAACCAGGCGAUUUACCGAAACUGGUUGGACAACCGUAGGUGGGAAUAAACCAUCGGUUAACGCGAUCACGCGAGGUUUUUUUAUUAUUAUUUGGCAGACAUCUCGCCUCCUCGAGCACGGAUUACCACUUUACUCCGAUCCCAACAUUAAAAGUGCGAUGUGGAAAACCUGCUGGUCUCUACUGUAACCUAAUAUCAACUAUCUGAUUUUGAGAGUAGACUGUUUUUUUUUCAUCGUUGGGUCAGAUAACGCAAGGGAAUACAGGAUGAUCUUCGCGAAUACGGCCAAUCCACUAAGAACUCCAUCAUACCGAAAGCAGCCGGUUGCUCCACCCACCCACCCCAUGGCCCCGCCCAGUCCGAGCACCAACAACAGCAGUAGUAGCAGCAGCACGACCGGCUGGGAGCAACUAAGCAAAACAAACCUCUACAUCCGCGGGUUACCACCAGGAACUACCGAUCAUGACCUUGUCAAACUCUGCCAGCCAUACGGUAAAAUCGUGUCCACCAAAGCCAUACUUGACAAGACUACAAACAAAUGCAAAGGAUAUGGGUUUGUGGAUUUUGACAGUCCUGUGUCAGCACAAAAAGCCGUUGCAGCACUUAAGACAACUGGCGUUCAGGCUCAGAUGGCCAAGCAACAGGAGCAGGACCCGACUAACCUGUACCUGUCCAACCUGCCCAUUUCUAUGGAUGAGCAGGAGCUGGAGAACCUCCUCAAACCCUUCGGACAGGUCAUCUCCACACGCAUCCUCCGCGACACUAACGGAGUCAGCCGGGGAGUGGGAUUCGCCAGGAUGGAGUCCACAGAGAAAUGUGAUGCUGUGAUCUCUCACUUCAAUGGGAAGUUCAUUAAAUCCUCCUCUGGAAUGCUUGGUGCAUCAGAGCCGUUAUUGUGUAAGUUUGCUGAUGGUGGGCAGAAGAAGAGACAGAGUCAGGCUAAAUACAUCCCCAACGGCAGAUCCUGGACACGAGACGCCGAGGUGAGACUAAGUGGAAUGACCUUGACCUAUGACCCCAAUACUGCCCUUCAGAAUGGGUACUAUGCUGCUCCUUACCCAAUGGGGAACCGUUUGAUGGCUCAGCCAGGAAUGUCUCCAUACAUCUCUCCCAUGUCCACUUACCAGGUACAGAAUCCCUCAUGGAUGCCACAUCAGCCUUACAUCAUGCAGCACCCAGGAGCAGUUCUGUCGCCCUCUAUGGAACAUCCCAUGUCAAUGCAGCCGUCCGCUAUGUUGGCUCCCCUCGCCCAGCAGAUGGGCCAUCUCUCUCUGGGCGGCACUGCAACCUUUAUUCCUGCCAACACAGCCAUGCCAGGAGCUUACAUCCCUCAAUACGCCCACAUCCAGCCAGCUGCUAUCCCGUCUGAGCAGGAAACUAGUGUACAGCCGCAAGAGAUUUCCUCUUCUGACCCUUUAUCAUAUCCUUUCCAACCCAACAAGCAAUAAAACGGUUAACUGUCUGUGGUCAAAGCCAGACACAGUCCGCUUCUAGUUACUAUGGUAACAGCUUCUGCUUUCUUUUAGAGGAAGUGACAUCAGAGGAAGUGACGCUCGUGCACAGGUUUCAGAAAAUGUGUCCACAGUUUAAUCAACUGAUUCACACAAUCAACGAGAAACCUCAGAAAACUCUUUUGAAAGUGCAAAUGUUUUCUUCAACAAACCAAGACAAGGCAAUAUUUCACCAUCUAUGGACAUACAAAGGGGAGCAGAGUUUUAUUUUGCUAGUAAAAGGAAGGAGAAGAUGGCAAAUGCUUAUUUUUUACCAAGGACUAUUUACACAGACCAUGUCUGUGAAUAAUGUAGAGAGCGCUGAUGGUGAAGAGACCUUUCGAUGCAUGACAUUUUUUUAAAUAUGGUUUUUAAUAUGUUUUUAUAGACAAAAUAUUUGACGUUGCAAUCAAAAUGAAGAGGUUUUUGUUUGCUUUUGGUCUUCCACUUUUUGCCUUUAGUAGUGGAUGGGGUUUAGAAUGAUGUAAUGCUUGCUGGCUAUUGGUCCUUAUUCCUGUCUCUAAAAGCAAAAGCUUUAAUUUUUACUUUUUUUAUUUUGCUCUGAAGACGUUUUGUUUCAGGGACCGUGUGUCUGUUGUGGAUACGUUUUUUAUUGAAUCCACGUGUAAAGUCUGGUAGAUAUAGAAGCUAAUGUUGAGAUGAAGAUUAGGUGGGUGGGCGGGGUUUGGUGGGGCAUGACUGCUUGGGUUGAGUGGGUGGGCUUAAACUAGUUGAGGUAUGUGUGGGUGGUGGGUGGUACUAAUAAAGGGAUUUGGGCAAGCUUACAUUUUUCCUUCUGUUUUAGGCUGGUUGUGAUGUUUUUUCGUGCCAUUUUUUAUUUAUUUUUCGAAGACAUCAAACACAUCAGGAUUUCUUUGAUGUUCAUAACAAGACAGGAGUGCAAUGUUUCAUUAGGUAGUAAGUAGGAAAUGUAUAAAUUUACUUAAAUAGCGGAGGAUUUUCUACUUUGCAAGAAAAUAAUCAAAUUCAGCACUCUGUAAUUUGCAGAAAGAUCCAUAAAUCUUAAUGCUCAACGGAUCAAUUUGGAAAUGUAUGAAAUCACAGUUUAGCAGAGAAAAAGAUCCACAAAACUUCUGAAUCUGAUCAAUUAUUCAGUUCUUCGAUCAUAGUUCAAUAAAACAAUAUAACAAACAUGCAACUUGAAGGCAACUAUGACACUUUCCACCAAAGACUUUUUCUUGCCUGCUAUUGAAAACUUUACAAUAGUAUGGACUACUGCAGUGGAUUUUGGGGGAAAAAAACGGAAUGGUAGUCUGGAAAUUUGCAUCUGUUUUCCUCAGGCUUUGCUAUCAGCUUUACUCUAGUUUUCAUAAAUGUGGACUCAAGAACAUCUCUGAGCAGGAAGAAGGGAUGACUUACUAACAGAUUCAUAACACAGUUGUAAACAAGCCUGUCGUCUUUAAUACAUUUAGUUUAGCCGAAUUCUGUGUGUGAUUGUGUAUUUAGAUGUGCAGGUCAGGUUGACCUUUGAUCUACCUCAAGAGUUGUAUCUGUUUUCUGAUUGGUCGGGUUGCAGGUCUAUCCUGUCCGAUCAGAUGUAAAAGCACCGGCUCGGGAGCUGGUGUCAUGCAGAACUUCAUCUUUAAUGCGUCUAUUUGUCCUUCUCUUUAAUAUUUCAUCUGUGUUUCUGUAUCUGUAUGUCUUUCUGUUGUCGUUUUUGUUGUUUUUACAUUGCAUUGUGGUGUUGAGCUUGACUGUGUGGAGAAUUUCUGUUUGUGUGGAGAAUUUUCUGUCGAGUUUUGUUGUCCAUUUUCUUCCCGAUAUGAUUCGCAAAAAAGGCUUGUGUCAUUUUUUUUUUUUUU